UGGCCAGCUCCGGCUCCCCUUCAGAUUCCAAAGGAGACGCCACGCAGGUCUCCCCGUCAGAAGAAACCGGCAGGCGGUGCCCCCCCCCGCCCCCCGUUGUGAAAGGACAACUCUCGUCCCCUCACUAGCAUGGAUGGGCAACUGAUGGAGGACAGCCAAAAAGUGUUCAAGAAGGCCAGUCCCAACGGAAAGCUCACAGUCUAUCUGGGCAAGAGAGACUUUGUUGACCACAUAGAUGUUGUCGAUCCAGUUGAUGGUGUCGUGUUGGUGGAUCCGGAAUAUCUGAAAGAAAGGAAAGUUUUUGUGACUCUGACAUGCGCCUUCCGCUACGGCCGCGAGGACUUGGAUGUCCUGGGGCUGACCUUCCGCAAGGACCUUUUUGUGGCCAAUAUCCAGGCCUUCCCUCCCAUCCCUGAAGAGAAGAAGCCCCUGACGCGACUCCAGGAACGCCUGAUUAAGAAGCUCGGUGAGCAGGCCUACCCGUUUACCUUCGAGAUCCCGCCCAAUCUGCCCUGUUCCGUGACGCUGCAGCCCGGCCCGGAAGACACGGGAAAGGCAUGUGGCGUUGACUAUGAGGUUAAAGCUUUCUGUGCAGAGAACCUGGAAGAGAAGAUCCACAAAAGGAACUCUGUGCGCUUGGUGAUCCGCAAAGUCCAGUAUGCACCGGAGCGGCCAGGACCCCAGCCUAUGGCAGAGACCACCAGGCAGUUCCUGAUGUCCGACAAGCCACUGCACCUGGAGGCAUCUCUGGACAAAGAGAUUUACUACCAUGGAGAACCGAUCAACGUGAAUGUCCACGUAACAAACAAUACCAACAAAACCGUGAAGAAGCUUAAAAUCUCAGUACGCCAAUACGCAGACAUCUGCCUGUUUAACACGGCGCAGUACAAAUGCCCAGUUGCCGUGGAGGAAGCAGACGACAUGGUGGCUCCGAGUUCCACGUUCUGCAAGGUCUACACUCUGACCCCGUUCCUCGCCAGCAACAGGGAGAAACGUGGCCUGGCCUUGGACGGGAAGCUCAAGCAUGAAGACACCAACCUGGCUUCCAGCACGUUGCUGAGAGACGGCGCCAAUAAAGAGAUCCUGGGCAUUAUUGUCUCGUACAAAGUGAAGGUGAAACUGGUGGUGUCUCGGGGAGGCGAUGUGGCCGUGGAGUUGCCUUUCACCCUUAUGCACCCAAAGCCGAAGGAGGAGGCAUUGCACAGAGAUGUUCCAGAAAACGAGGCCCCGAUUGACACAAAUCUCAUAGAGCUUGACACAAAUGACGACGACAUUGUGUUUGAAGACUUCGCCCGGCAGAGGCUGAAAGGCAUGAAGGACGAGAAAGAGGAAGACGAGGACGGCACAAACUCCCCGCAGCUGAACGACAGAUAAACCGGAGGCUCCCCCGACCCUCCCUUCUCUUUGUUUCACAGUAUAAAAUGCCCGCGCCCUAGGGCUGCUUCUCUUUCGUAUGAGUCCUUUGUUUCCUAACACGGUGCCCGAGAGCCAGGGUGGCGUCCUCUUGCCAGCUCAUGGGUAGCUGUGUCAACCACGGUUUUGCUGACGGGCACUGAGAGAGCACGCUGGUUCGUGAGUCACGUCGUGGGCAUGUGUGUGUGCUGUUGUGUGCGUGUGUGGGAGUUGCGCCCCGACGGCUGUGCUCUGCUUUGGGGUGGACUGUUGAACUAGAAAUUGCCCGUCUGCUCUUGUUACACUUGUGAGGUGGGUGGGUAGGAGGGGGGGGGGUCACCUAGCGCAGUUGGAUUCAGGACAACAAAUGUAUUGAGUCUCAGAGUGUGUAUUGAACUUGGAGGUGGAGAUUCGUUAGAUGGCCUUGAAAGGAAUUUAGACAUGAUCAUAGAGGAUAGUCUAGCAAAAGCUAUGGAACUUCCACAGUCAGUGGCAGUAUACCCCUGAGUCCUGGCAACCUGGGACAGUCAACAGAGUGCCAGUGAAUUUCCUGCUUGCUUGGGAGCUUCUGGGGCCAUCUGUGCUGUUCUAAGCGGAUCCAUGGACCCGUCCCACCAAAUUCAUCUUCUGUUUCUUCAGGAUUCUGUAUAAUGGAUCCUUCAACUGAGGCCUCCUUAGUUGUUGCUUGGCGGACAGAAGGAAAAAAGAAGCAAAUGGCUAAUUCAGUAUUUGUUGAAACACACACACGGUUUCCUGGGAGGCAGCGUAGUUGGUUGGCACAGCUACAGGAAUCACCCACCCAUCCGGCCUCCACGGGGCCUAAAAAGACUGCAGCUUUUACAAGUUAUAACAAGACUUGGAUGGCCUGUGGCCCGCCAUGCCAACUGACUUUUCAGGUGGGAGGGCUUCUCGGCAGUGGCAUCAGUUCGUGCCCACCAGAGCAGGUAACAUGCCCGGGACAGUGAGGCUCAGGCCCUGCCUGGCAUCCCCACCCACCGGUCAUCAUGCGCUCCAUGCUCAUCCCAAGCCACUAAGUGACCUGUCAUUGCCAAUACGGGAUGUGCCCAGUUGUGUUGAAAACUAUGGGGGCGGGAGGGAAGAACCCUGGCUCACUCUUCUGCCUUCGACAAAGGCUUCUAUAUUAAUCCAGAAAAGUUUUUAUGCUGCCUCCCCAGGCACUUGCCUGCAACAGCUUGCAACAUACAAAAAAAUAAAAACAAGACAUGAAAAGAUAGUAAAACCCAGCAUGAAAAACGCCCCAGGCCAGCAUAAAAACAGACCGGUGACUGCUUAGAAUGAAUUUCCAAAAUAAAAGUGGCUUGAAAGAGCAACAGCCCUCCCUUUAACUAAAAGCCUGAAUGAACAGAAAUAUUUUGACACGGUGCCGAAAAGGAAGCCAUGUAAACACCAGGCGAGCUUCAAGGGGAAGGGCAUUCCACAGGUGAGGUGCCACCACUCAACAAGCCCCCGUCUCUGGUUUCCACCCAUUUCACCGCUGAAGGCAGGGGGCACAGAAUGCAGGUUUGUGAGGUGGAUCUUAACUGGUGGCUGGACAAUAUGGGAGGUGUCUUCAUGUGCAGAAGCUGGGGGGGGGGGUGAAGGGGGGGAUGCUGUCCAGCUAUGCAGCUAAAUAGCCUCAGCGACUCCUGUUUGCAGCUCACAGAGACAAAGGGGUCUGUUCCAACUAGAAGCAAGUAUCUUUCCAGCAAACAGCACCCCCCUCCUCCAGUUAGCUCCGAGUUUUGUUCUGCUUCCAAGCAAGCACCCUUUAAUUAUAUUGUCGAAGGCUUUCACGGCCGGAGAACGAUGGUUGUUGUGGAUUUUCCGGGCUGUAUUGCCGUGGUCUUGGCAUUGUAGUU